AUGGAUGUGACCAGCCAGAUGCCUUUCAGCCCUGAAUUUCGAGACAAACUGAAGGAAAAGAUCAACAAAACAGGUUUCGACCUCUCUUACGACCAAAAAUUAAUCAGAACAGCCUCCCAAUUCAGAAAGGAAUUCGAAAAGUUAUUCCCAAGGAAGCCGAUCAAAGGCAAGCUCUCAAAGAUCAGAAAGAAGGUCCGCAAAAGACAGAAGCAGAGGAGCGAGAGCUUAAAGGAUAGUUACAGGUUUAUCAACCACUCUAAUAUAAAUAAUCUCUCUUCAAACCCAAAUUUCAUCGCAUCAAAGCUUUCCCAAAACCAGAUGGAUAUUGCCAGGAAUUAUAACAACUCACAAGAUUUCUUAAUCUCUGAGCUCCAUAAUGGCUCCAAAUGUACGGAAAGAAUGAACCAGAAUAGCUUCAUGACUACUAAUAGAGAUCUUUCAGGCGGAAUCUACCCAGAACAGAACUCAAACCGAGACUUUGUUGAUGCAAUUAGUUGAACACAUACCAAGCGGCAACUUGAUUUUCCACAGAAUACCAAUGAUCUGUACCAUGAACUAAACAAUUCAACUGAGCAUAAGGAGGGAUCAAGGAAGGACUCCUUCCUAAUUUCGCCUAAUAAAAAGAUGAGGAUUAUAAGCACACUUGGAGGAACUUGAAAAGGAAACUGCAUAACAAGCCAGAGACGGAGUGGCUCAAUGCCUGAUAAGGUCACUUCACCUCACUCAAAGAAGAGAUCUCCGAACAAGUUCUUCACCAAAAGGAAAGCGCAUAUGCUUGGAAACAAGAUGACAAGAGAGUCGAAGGAGUCAUCAGCUUCUGCUAUCCGAUUGGGUUGUAAACCAACUUCAGGAAAACCUGGGGCUUUGAAACGAUAUUGCUCCUCACAAGAACAAUUAACAAGCAGGCCAGUAGAAAAAGAGCAAAAAUAUAGAAAAAAUAAACCAGAAUCUCAGCUUUAUAAUUACAUCAACCAAAGACUAUUAAUAGCUCAUAACGACAGUUGUGAGCGUCACAACUGCUAUUGCUCCCACCGAAAAAUUAAAGCGACAAAGCCAAAGAAGAUAACUAAUUUCAAAAAGAAGAUUAUUUCCAGAAUUUCUAACAAUAUUAUCAGGAAUACUUGGGAUUGCUUCCAAACAGAUGCUUUGAGCUGAAAUACCUUCAUCGAACAGCAUGAUCAAUCUGAACAAGCAUCAAAAACGAGUAAUCGAGACUGGAAUAAAAGAUAUUAUUUAAAAACCAAAAGUUUUAUGUUUAAAGACUCAGCGAAAUCGCCCAAAAUUAUGGUAGACAUUAAGCUAAUGAACUGCGGCAUCGGCUCUAAGAAGGAAAAGCAGCCACUCAGCAGCACGAAGCCGAUCAAAAUAUUCAGAAAUAAGAGCAAAAUCUCUAACUAUUUGAAAAAGAGAGCCUCUGGGAUGAAACUUCACCGGAUUUCUAAGAAAAAUCUAAACCAGAGUCCGGAAAAUACUGGUUAUAUCACUAAUCUGAAGAAUAUUUCACGGAUUAGCACUAGUCCAAGCCAGAUGAGGUCGAGCAACUACAUAUUCGAAAGAAAGAGAACAGCUACAGCUCCCAAGGAGAAGUUAAAGAUACGCAAAUAAAAACACAAGGAAAUUUAAGAAGAAGGGAUCACCUAAACGUACUAAGGACAACGAUAACCUUGAGUCUAAGGAAAUCGAGAUCUUCAACAUCAAUGAGGAGAACACCACUCCUGAUAAUAAUCAAGAGUAUAGGGAGUAUAAUAGCCCAACUCCUGAUGUCUGCCAUUCUAAACUUGAUGCUGGCUUUGACGAUCUUGAGAUCAAGACCCAAGAUGACAGAGUUAAUAUUAUAAAUAUUGAUAUUGACCUCAAAAAGACUAAGAAAGUGACUCCUCUUAACCUUCCUUCUGACAAGAACAACAGCCUUGCCUCUAAUGAGGAGGAGAAAAGACCCUUACAGAGUCCUAAAGUAAUGGCAAAUGCUUCUACAUCUCCUCUCUUGCAAAGAAACGCAAAGACGUUCAAGAACAUAGCUGUUAGUACGAAGGAUGUUGAUAAUAAUACCUUUGAAAUAAGAAAGUCAAGACUGUUCCAGAUUUACAUCAAAAACGACCCACUAUACGGCAAUCUCUCAGAGCAUGUGUACAAUGAUUAUGACCAACAAAACAUCUUAUCCCCUCACGAUGCAAAUUCAGCACUGAUCAAGGUGAAACUCAUAGUGCAGAGACAGGAUAAAGGGAUCCAUGAAGAAAUCGACUCUACCUUCGUCAACAGUUACUUCCGAAUAGGCAUGACUACGCUUGAAUACCUCAUGAACAUUUGUAGCAUGAAGGAUUACUACAAAUAAGGUCCAAGCCAGCUACACUGAUGACACAUUAGCAAACAGCAUCAAAACACUGAUUAGAAUUAAAUAAGAUGUACAAAAUUAUAGAUGUCUUGGCUAACAUAUUCAAACUAAUAAUUCAAAAAGACAAGCUAGAUGACUCUGACCUAGACCAAAAUAGACAGUUAGAAGAAAUAAUACGUGACCAGAUCAGCACGAAGUUCAAAGAAGGACCCUUUAAAAUGUGGAUCGAUGGGCUCAAAGAACUCUUACAGUAUUCUACUAAUAUAUCAAGUGCAAAGGGCAUCUCAAGUGAAACCAAUGACAAGCAACUAUCACCAAGUAAUGAAGAGAGCACUCAACGAAAUUAAGAAUAACUAACUCAAUUGCAAAUAACUAAGCU